UAGACAAUAUACUAGUGAGAAUCAGAGAGGUUAACUUAGCCUUUGUCAUACACUGUAUACUUUUUCUCAAAUCACUGGGCAGAAGCACUUAUGCGACGUUUAUUUUGUAUAUAUACAAAAUAAUGGUAACACGCGACGCAUUUUGACGUCGUUGAUCUCACUUCCCUUUUUUUUGAUUCAUUCCUACUUUCCUCGGAAACAAUUUUUUGACGCAUCAUCUCGUUCUCCACGCUCCAUCGCGCUCCAUCGUCAAGAACAUGGUAAACGAUGUACAUCUGUACGAUUCAACGAUCUGCCGAUUGUGCGCGGCGGAUAACGGCAACGAGCAUCUGUUCAUCAGCGAGGUGGGCGAGUCGGAUCUAUGCUCGCUGGUAAAUCGCUAUUUGCCGCUGAAGAUUCAUGACGAUGGAAAAUUACCACGGACAAUUUGUCCGGGUUGCAAUAUUCAGCUGGAGGCGACGGCGCAAUUCUUUGAGUUACUGGUGGCUGGCCAGCGCAAGAUACGCGAGCUUUGGAAGAAUCAAUUGGAGCAGCAGCGCAAAGCAGACCGUUUGCGCAAUAAGAAGGAAAAUACAGUGUUUAGGGUGGAAGGAAUAGAAGUGGAUAGUACAGCUCAGUAUAAUGAGACUGAGCAGUAUGAGCAGCAAAUGAUUAUUAAGAUCAUGCCAGAUGGAUCUUUGUAUACAGCGGAACAUGAAAUGAGUUUGCAAAUGGAAGGCUUGACUAAGCCAAGAAGGAAACGUGGACGUCCACCCAAAGUAUACGCAGAGGUAGAUUCUGUGGCGACAAAGGAAAAUUCUGCAGAAACUGUGAGUCAAGGUGAGGAGGAUAAGCAGGAAGAAGAAGAAGAAGAGAUAGAUGGUGAUGGUAGACGCAGAAGAAAGCGCAAAGUUCCCAAAAGAUUUCUAGAAGCAGUACAGGGAAAAGAAUUAGAAAGGAUAUUUAAGGAAGAAGGUGUGAUCGAUGAGGAAGAUAAUGAUUUCCAAAUGUUUAAUGAUUCGGAAGCUUUGUUAAAUACUUCUAGCCAGGAUGGUCAGGAAGAAGUAAUAGGUCAUCUCGAAACAGAAGAGGGUACGGAUCUAGGUGAGGUAGUAAUUGUGAAUCGUGGACGCAUACGAUCGAAAUCAAAGCUGCGCCGUCGAAAAAAUAAGUUUACGUGUCAGCUUUGCGGCAAGGGUUUCUUACAACGUAGCAGAUACAUAGUACAUAAGAGUUUCCACAAGGGUAUCAAACACGAGUGUACACAAUGCAAGAAAUUAUUUGAUACUAAAGAGAAUCUAGUAUUGCAUCAACAGACGACUCAACAUAAUUCAAAUUCUGCCGAAAAAAAUGUCGAGGCACAAGAAUCGCGUGAGACGCUCAGUCCACAACCGGGCACCUCCACGAUGAAACUACAAGAUGAAAUGGCACGAGAUUCUAAAAGUACGAUUUACAAAUGCGAAAAAUGUGACAAGCAAUUUGAAUUGAAACGGGAAUAUGAAUUGCACAUUAAAGUGCACGAGCAGCCGGAAUUUAUUUGUAACAUUUGUAAUAAGACUUUCACAAAUCAGUCAGAUUUAAAAAUGCACGUGACUACACAUGGGAAAACUAAAUCGGAUAAGGAUUAUGCUUGCGAUAUCUGCGGCAAGGUUUUAAAUCACCCGAGUUCCGUCUUAUAUCAUAAGGAAGCUGAGCACAACAACGGGCGUCGUUUUGUUUGUAAUAAAUGCAACAAAAGUUUCAAGCAUAAACAACUGCUUCAGCGGCAUCAAUUGGUACACUCGGAUAAUCGGCCACAUGUUUGUAAAUCUUGUAAUGCCAGUUUCAAAACGAAAGCAAACUUGAUUAAUCAUCAGUCCACUCACACGGGCCAGAAAAAAUAUCUUUGUGAAAUUUGCAAACAACAAUUUGCGCACAAGACUAGCCUCACUUUGCAUUACAGAUGGCAUAGUGGUCAAAAGCCAUAUACUUGCACGGUAUGCCAGAAGAGUUUCUCGCAAAAUGGUAAUUUGCAGGAACAUAUGCGCAUUCAUACCGGUGAAAAACCAUAUAGCUGCGAUUACUGCGGUAGAAAGUUUACCACAUCGUCACAAUUUAAACUGCAUGUGAAACGACAUACCGGCGAGCGGCCGUGGAAAUGUGAGUUUUGCGCCAAGAGUUUUUUGCACAAGGAUACAUGGAAAUGUCAUGUACGCAGACACAAGGGGGAACGUCCGUUUCAGUGCAACCAAUGCAACCGUGGAUUUACAGAGCAGUGGGCGCUAAAGAAACAUCUUCGCUUGCAUACUGGUGAGAAACCUUAUUCUUGUGAUGUGUGCGGCAAGGCUUUUGCCGACUGUUCAAAUCUGACAAAACACAAGAAGGUGCACAGAGAAAAUAAGAUGCUGACUGUGAACAGAUCGGAAGGAUCUCCGAUCGGCGAAGUGUGGCAAAUUCUGCCGAAUUCGCAAGAAACUGACGAACGGACGUUCAAUGAUCAAAUAAUCACUACUGAUGAGGCAUCUAAUGACGAAAUCCAACAGAUUAUAUAUGUUUCUUAUCAAGAUCCUCAAGAUCCUAAUCAAUCGCGAACGUUGCAUUUAGUUGACGCCAACGUAAUCAAAAACAAAGACAUGGUGACAACAAAUACGAAUUCUUUGUCACGUUUGAACGUUGAGAACGAAAUUAGUGCUGAUAAAGUUAUGAAUAAUGCAGCUAGUAACAAUGAGGAGCAGUCAGAGUUCGAAUUGUCGGAUUCAGAUUUGCAAUUGCAGAUUACGGAUGAACACGGAAAUCCUAUUCCGUUGUCCAUUCAAGAGGCUCGACAGCUUCUUUCACAGGGGCAUUUUAUCAGCCAAUUGAACGAUAGUCAGAUCAUUAGGGUCCAUCCUGGAAUGUUCGCACAACAACUCCAAGCCUUAAACAUUCAUGUCGACGAAGAUACUGUAGAGGAAAGCGGCAUUAUGGUUCGUCCAAGUACGACAAAGAAUAUCGAGACGAUGUCGGCAAUUCAAGCUGACGCAGAAGCAAUCGUCCAAGCACUUGAGGAUGAAAAUACCGAUGCUACGGCAGUCGCGACAAUUAAUCAGCUAGGAAGUAUUGAGCAGGCUGGACUUAUGGAUGGUGAACAAGCAAUCGAAUUCAUGACCCAAGAUGGACAAAAGGUUCGCGUUUUAACGUCAUGUCCUAUUGAUCCAAUGCAGCUUGCUUCAGAGUACCUGACUAUUGUAUAAUGAAAGGAAAAUUAGAUACAAUCGAUGGAUUCUCUCUUGUGUGUGAAUAUUUUGGUGAUUAUCAGGUUUAGAAAUUUAUAAAAAAUGUAAAAAGUUU